AUGAAACAAGUUGUUGAAUCAUACGAAUCUGGCGAGGGGGGAGAUGGGUUUAGCCUGCUUCUUAACAUCACCAACAUGACAGUUGUCAACAUUAUGGAGAACAGCUGUUUGCAGAACUUUGAAACUGUGGCUUGUGUCAGGAGCUGUGUUCUGGCAGUGAUGGCGAUCCUGACAGCAGUGCUGUGUGUGAUCAAACUGAUCCGACUUCACACAGCCCAUCACCCUUCGUGUCAUCAGUAUGUCAUCUUCUAUGCUGCUGCACUGGAGUGUGCCACUGGGGGUGUACACUGGAUUUUCUGGAACGUCCCUCAGCUAGACUUUCUGCUACAGUACAUCAAAUUGCUGCAAGUACUCAUCAUGUGUCACUAUUACAUCACCUUGGCCAUCCGAGCUCUGAGAAAAGAAAAUAUGGCCGAUCGGUUCAUGUAUCCAUUUCUGUGCGUUGCUGUUCUGUAUUUUACCAUCAUGACUUCCUUGGGAAUCUACUACACAGAGUCUACCCAUGUUGAGUGCAUAGCUCCUUACUGGCUGGCUUUGUCCGUGGUUGAGUUUCUCAUCGUGCAAGUGUUUACUGUGUCUGCGUUUUACAUAACUCGACGCCUCAAUGAGAUCAGCACCCUUGAUUCAGUUCGCUGGUCACAGAAACGGGAUCUUUGGUGCAUUGUGGUUGUAUUUGAGCUGUCAGCUUUUGGAACAUUCAUCUAUGACCUGACCAUGCAGAUUCUUGGAGAUCGAGAAAGUGGAUGCAGUGCAAUAUUUUCUUACCAGCAAGUUGUAUAUUCGCCCGCACUCAUUUCCCUGAUGAUACUAAAACUGCUCCUGCCGAUCUGGGUGAUGCUGGUUGUGUUUCAACCCCAUGUCACGGUCUCUGAGAAGGAUGAUGUGCUUGCUGCGUACAGUGAAGAAGGACAAACGUAUGGAUCAAUAUUCAGCGACGACCAGGCAUAUCGACAACUCUACCACCCAGGAGAAAAUUUUAUAUAUUCCACACCUAUCUCUCCACCCUCUGGUUCCCCUAUGAUGUACGAUGCGGCCCUGCCAGCAUAUGCUUAUGCGAACCCGUCUCUGGUGCGCUCCAGUCUUCAGCCCAUCGCUGAGGAGCAUGCUGAAGAGAAGCAGGAGAAAGCCAAGGCUGUGGAUGGGACAAAUGUUAAUGCAGAUAAGCCAAAACCACCCCCUGCAGAGGAGGUGACCCCGCAGAAAACUAAAGCGCAGGGCCAGUUUCAGAGGGGCAAGUUUAUCACACGCAUCAUUACCAAGUCAUCAAAAGGCGAUGGUGACAACUUCUAA